CAUCGAGUCGCGCCAAACAAAGCUCCAUGUGCAGGAGCAGAAAACGCCGAAAGUUUGAUCUCCUUCUAGUUUGUGAUGGUCAAAGGUAUAAAAACAUAAAUCCGGGAAGGAGAAGUUGAACAUGGAGCCGCUUUGUUGCAUCUUCAGUUUGAAAUAUUGAAGAUUCCGCGAGGAAAUAAAUUAAAAAGACACGAAGAAGAAGAGGAAGAAAUACCGGCGUUUAAAAUUUAAAGUUCUCAAAAGCUGGAGGGAAAAUCUGUUUUUUUUAAAGGAUGCCUCUUUGUACUUUUACUGAGUAAAGAAGAGAAAACAGGAGUGCGAGGAAGAUGGACAAAGAGCUUCAAGGAAGGAGGGAGGAGGAAGAGGAGAGGACAGAUGGUCUGGAAGAGAGGAAUACAACACUAAAAACUCCACACCGGAGGAGGGAAGAAGAAGAAGAUGAGGAGGAAAAGGAGAUAGAAAUAAUGAAGACAGGUGCCAGAGACACAGCACGAAGGGAGCUGAUUGGUGGACACACUCCAGUCUCCGCCUCCUCCUCCUUCACCUCCUCUCCUUUCCUCUCCUCCUCUCUCUGCCGAGGAAGACGAGGCAUCGAGGAGGAUGGAGAGGACGAUGAGGUCAGAGUCGCUAUAGUCACCGUCGAGGACGAGUCCUGUCCGUCAGAGCCUUUUGGGACCGCCCACCUGGAAGCGUCCAAUCAGAUCACACGGACUGAUGACGGAGGAAACAAACAGCAGGAAGAGGAAGGAGCGACUGAUGGAGUGGAGGAGAAGGAAGAAGAUGAGGAGGAUGAGGAGGAGGUGAACAGUGAUGACAGAGAGGAGGAAGAGGAGGAGAACGCAGAGGUGACGUCACCAUCGCCUCACCUGCAGAGCCAGAUGAAGAGGAAGUUGGAUCACGGCCCGGACGGUCGGCCGUUCCCUUCAGGGAAGAAGCACUGCAAAGGCAGCGGAUACCUCAGCCCCUCCAGUCUGGUUCAGGCCACGCCCACCACGUUCGGCGACCUGCGACUGGCCAAUGGCCAUUCAGCUCAGCGGCGGCGCGUCACCUCUGGCCCGCCCCCUUCUGGUCUGCAGGACUGGCUUCACACCUUCCAGACGUGGAGCGGUCCUGAGAGGCUGUUGGCUCUGGACGAGUUGAUCGACAGGUGUGAGACCAGCCAGGUGAAGCACAUGAUGCAGGUCAUCGAGCCCCAGUUCCAGAGAGACUUCAUAUCCCUGCUGCCCAAAGAGUUAGCUCUGUACGUGUUGACCUUCCUGGCUCCCAGAGACCUGCUCCAGGCCGCCCAGACCUGCAGGUACUGGAGGAUCCUUGCUGAAGACAACCUGCUGUGGAGGGAGAAGUGCCGUGAGGAAGGUAUAUCGGAGUGUGCGUCCUCUCGGCGCAGGAAGUGCGUGCGGCCGGGCGUGGCGGUUAGCCCGUGGAAGUCAGCCUACAUUAGACAGCACCGCAUAGAGAACAACUGGAGGACAGGGGACACGCGGGAACCCAUGGUGCUGAAAGGUCACGACGAUCACGUGAUCACGUGUCUCCAGUUCAGCGGCGACCUGAUUGUCAGCGGCUCCGACGACAACACGCUCAAAGUCUGGUCGGCCAUCACGGGGAAGUGUCUGCGGACGUUGACGGGUCACACCGGCGGCGUGUGGUGCAGUCAGAUGGAGGUCGCCACGGUGAUCAGCGGCUCCACCGACCGGACGCUGCGCGUGUGGGACGCCGAGAGCGGCGAGUGUGUCCACACGCUGUAUGGACACACGUCCACUGUGCGCUGCAUGCAUCUCCACGGCAACCGGGUGGUGUCGGGCUCUCGUGACACGACGCUGCGCGUGUGGGACGUGUCGACGGGCCGCUGCGAGCACGUGCUGACAGGUCACGUGGCGGCGGUGCGCUGCGUUCAGUACGACGGACGCCGCGUGGUGUCGGGCGGCUACGACUACAUGGUGAAGGUGUGGGACCCCGAGACGGAGGUGUGUCUGCACACACUGCAGGGACACACCAACAGAGUGUACUCACUGCAGUUUGAUGGCGUGUUCGUGGUGAGCGGCUCGUUGGACACUUCCAUCAGAGUGUGGGACGCAGAGACAGGUGGGUGUGUCCACACGCUGACGGGCCACCAAUCGCUGACCAGCGGCAUGGAGCUGCGGGACAACAUCCUGGUGUCUGGGAACGCCGACUCGACCGUCCGAGUGUGGGACAUCCGGACGGGACAGUGUCUCCACACGCUGCAAGGUCCCAACAAGCACCAGUCGGCGGUGACGUGCCUGCAGUUCUGCAGAGGUCUGGUCCUGUCCAGCUCCGACGACGGGACGGUCAAACUGUGGGACCUGAGGACCGGGGCCUGGCUGCGGGACGUGGUGGCGCUGCAGAGCCGGGGAUCAGGCGGUGUCGUGUGGCGAAUCAGAGCGUCCGAUACCCGGCUGGUGUGCGCCGCCGGCAGCAGGAACGGGACGGAGGAAACCAAACUGCUGGUGCUGGACUUCGACUUGGACGACAGGAAGAAAGAGACGGACUGAGGACGACACAGUGAUGUCAUCAGACGGAGACGGGAUGACUGAAACGUUUGUUUGGUUGUUUUUUUUAAAAGGAAAAUUUUUGACCAAAGCCACUGCUGACGCGUCCUGAUUGGCUGGCAGACAGCUGGACGAACAGGUGGACACCACAGACCAAAACGAUAACGAAAACAGUUUCAGGUUGACGUGGACGAGUGGCAACCGCGAAUCACCAAAAUGGCUUCCGAUAUGGCAGCCUCAGCCCGGCGGGAGCUGUGGCGCCAAAUGAAUGUGAAUGUUGGACAGACGGGGUGCACGUGGCUCUGAAACGGUUCAGAGAGGAAGGAGGAUGUGAGCGACGAAGACGAUGGCUGAAUGUAACCGCGGCGGAGGAUCCAACCAAUGAGGAGUGGAGGGCGUCGACUUUGACCGCUGCUGAACCAAUGAGGAGGUUGCUGUUUUAAACACACCAGUUCAAAUGUACCAAAAGUUGAAGGCCGGAGACGACGCGAGUGGAGGAGGAGGAGGAGGAGGAGGAGGAGGACCUUCAUCAGUUCCAGCUGUUCAUCACCUGAAGUUCGCUCGGGAAAAGCACAGGUGGCUGAAUUCCAUUAAGAUUCAGGGUCCCGGUGUUGUGUUCACGUCCUCGGUUAAAGAAGAAGAAAACAAACUGCUGACUACUUUAGUGUUGAAAUCUAAAUCUUCUGAAUUUAAAGCAUUUUUAAGUUUCAGAGGAAAAUUUCAAAGUUCCAAACCGUUUAGAAAGAAAAAACUAACUAAACUAAAAUGAUAAAAUGUUGUCCUUUCUGGCCUUUUAAUUCAAAUCUUCUGACCUAAACCUCAAGAGUCACUUCUCAGUUUAUGAAAUAUUAAAAGAGAUAAAUAAUUUAAAACUCCCUUCACCGGAUGUUAAUCUGAUAAGCUGCCGUUGCUAGGCAACACCUCCAGCCAAUAAGCAGAGGUUUGGGUGAUAUUUCCCCCGGCAACAAGUGGUAUUUCAGGCCUCUUCCUGGAGAAGUUGACCUUUGCAGGUGUGAGGCGUUCGCUGUCUCAACGGUGUAAUUGUGUAAAAAUACUGUAAAUACAAAGAGGAUGUACAUAUUUAGCUUUUUAUAAGAAGACAACAGAAAAUAUUGUCCGUGCUGGAGAGAGUUUGGGAAGGGGGAGGGGAUUGGAAAUGGAUCAAUAAAGAUGAGUUUUAUAA